GUGGUGUUCCUCCUUAUUAGCAACACCUUAGGAAUUUUUGUUUUUUACCAAACACUUGUCAAUUGUCAUUUGUCAAAAGUGUCAAGUGUCAAAAUGGGCGACAACGUGGUUGAAAAACUGGAAAAUACAAAUAUCGACGAAAAGGUGAAACUGAAGAAAAUGAAGCAGCCAAGUAACGAAAAGUCUUCAGUGAGUGAACUGAAACCCUGGCCCUCAUUUAUACAAACUCGCUUGGACCUUUGGGACAAGCUCAAAGCUGAGAAAGAUGCGGAAAUUGCAAGUAAACCUCAACAAGCCAUCAAAGUCACUUUGCCUGAUGGUAAGGUUGUUGAGGCUGUUGCCUGGAAGACCACUGCUUAUGAUAUUGCAAAAGGGAUCAGUCAAGGGUUGGCUGAUAAUUGCGUGAUCUCAAAAGUGAACGGCGUUUUAUGGGACUUGGAUAGACCCCUGGAGGCAGAUUGUAAACUAGAAUUACUAAAAUUUGAUAAUCCUGAAGCUCAGUCAGUAUUUUGGCACUCCACUGCUCAUAUUUUGGGGGAGGCGCUGGAGAGGGUCUACGGGGGGUGUCUUUGUUACGGCCCUCCUAUUGAGUCAGGGUUUUACUAUGACAUGUUUUUGGAGGAAAAAGGGAUUUCUGCCGGUGAUUUUCCAUACUUGGAAAACUUGAUGAAACAAAUUACGAAAGAAAAACAACCUUUUGAACGUCUCGAAAUGAAAAAAGAAGAUUUAUUAGAAAUGUUCAAAUACAAUCCGUUUAAAGUGCGAAUUUUAAAUGAAAAAGUGGACACACCUACCACUACCGUAUAUCGUUGUGGGCCCCUCAUUGAUCUGUGUAGAGGCCCCCAUGUCAGACACACCGGAAAAAUUAAGGCUUUAAAAGUUACUAAAAACUCUUCAACCUAUUGGGAGGGUAACGCCGAUGCUGAAACUUUACAAAGGGUUUAUGGUAUCAGUUUUCCGGAUAAUAAACAAUUGAAAGAGUGGGAAAAAUUCCAAGAGGAGGCAGCGAAACGUGACCAUCGCAAAAUCGGAAGGGACCAAGAAUUAUUCUUCUUCCACGAACUCUCUCCUGGUUCAUGCUUUUUUCAACCUCGUGGGGCCCACAUUUACAACAGCUUGAUAAAUUUUAUAAAAAAAGAGUAUCGGAAACGCGGAUUCCAGGAAGUUAUUUCUCCUAAUAUCUUCAAUGCGAAAUUGUGGCAAGUUUCCGGUCACUGGGCUCAUUAUGCUGAUAAUAUGUUUUCUUUCGACGUUGAAAAAGACAAAUUUGCAUUAAAACCGAUGAAUUGCCCCGGCCAUUGUUUGAUUUUCGAUAAUCGCACUCGUUCUUGGCGCGAGUUGCCCCUCCGCCUCGCCGAUUUCGGCGUUUUGCACCGUAAUGAGCUCUCGGGGGCCCUCACAGGCCUCACACGCGUCCGACGUUUUCAACAAGACGACGCCCACAUUUUCUGCGCUCUUGAGCACAUCAAACAGGAGAUCAAAGGGGCUUUGGAUUUUCUCAGUCAUGUUUAUUCCGUUUUCGGUUUCACUUUCAAUGUGGUUUUGUCCACCAGACCGGAGAAGUAUCUCGGCGACUUGGCAAUGUGGGACCAAGCGGAGAAGGCCCUCGGUGAGGGUUUGGACGAUUUCGGUGCCCCUUGGUCGUUGAAUCCCGGCGAUGGGGCUUUCUACGGCCCCAAAAUCGAUAUUACGGUCCAUGAUGCGCUCAAAAGGGCGCAUCAGUGUGGCACAAUCCAGCUGGAUUUCCAACUACCAAUCAGGUUUAAUCUGUCGUAUGUGAGUGAGAGUGGGGAAAAGAAGAGACCUGUAAUUAUCCAUCGGGCUAUUUUGGGCUCGGUGGAGAGAAUGAUUGCGAUUUUGACAGAGUCGUGUGGGGGAAAAUGGCCGUUUUGGAUCUCGCCGAGACAAGCGAUGGUGAUUCCAGUGGGGCCAACCUAUGAUGAGUAUGCACUGGAUGUGCAAAAGAAGUUGUAUCAGGCUGGGUUCAUGGCAGAGGUUGAUACCGAUGCAGGGGAUACGAUGAAUAAGAAGAUCAGAAAUGCACAGUUGGCACAAUUUAAUUUUAUUUUGGUUGUUGGAGAGAAGGAGAGGAGUAGUCAGACGGUUAACGUGAGGACUCGGGAUAAUAUCGUCCAUGGGGAAAUAACGGUUGAAGGAUUGAUAGAAAAGUUUAAAGUUUUGCAAGAGAAUUACAUCCGAGCUGAGGAUAGUUUUUAAGCUUGUCAUUCCUUAGCUUUAAUAUUUAUUUUAAAUUAUAAAAACUACUGUAGAUUUUUCUAAUUUCGUUUAAAAUGAAUAAAGAAAUUUGAAUUCGAA